GUUUAGAACGGGAGCGGGAGCGCGUGGAGAUGGCAGCCGCAGAAGCAGCUUUGGGGUCAUUGGUAACGGGUCUGUACGACGUGCAGGCGUUCAAGUUUGGGAACUUCGUACUGAAGAGCGGGCUCUCUUCCCCUGUUUAUAUCGAUCUGCGUGGCAUCGUGUCUCGACCGCGUCUGCUAAGUCAGGUUGCAGAUAUUUUAUUCCAAACUGCCCAAAAUGCAGGAAUCCAUUUUGACAGUGUGUGUGGAGUACCUUAUACAGCUUUACCGUUGGCUACAGUUAUCUGUUCAACCAACCAAAUUCCAAUGCUUAUUAGAAGGAAAGAAACAAAGGAUUAUGGUACUAAGCGUCUUGUAGAAGGAGCUAUUAAUCCGGGAGAAACCUGUUUGAUCAUUGAAGAUGUCGUUACCAGUGGGUCUAGUGUUUUGGAAACUGUUGAGGUUCUUCGGAAGGAGGGACUGAAGGUCACUGAUGCCAUAGUGCUCCUGGACAGAGAGCAAGGAGGCAAAGACAAGUUGCAGGCCCAUGGGAUCCAUCUUCACUCAGUGUGUACAUUGUCCAAAAUGCUGGAGAUUCUUGAGCAGCAGAAAAAAAUUGAUGCUGAGAUGGUUGAGAGAGUGAAGAGAUUUGUUCAGGAGAAUGUUUUUGUGGCAGCUAAUCAUAACGAUUUACUCCUUCCUAUAAACAAAGCUCCCGGAGAACUCAGCUUUGGUGCACGGGCAGAGCUGCCCAGGAUCCACCCAGUUGCAUCGAAGCUUCUCAGGCUUAUGCAGAAGAAAGAGACCAAUCUUUGUCUGUCUGCUGAUAUUUCAGAGUCCAGAGAGCUGUUGCAGCUAGCAGAUGCUUUAGGACCCCUCAUCUGCGUCCUUAAGACUCAUGUAGAUAUUUUGAAUGAUUUUACUCUGGAUGUGAUGAAGGAGUUAACAGCUCUGGCAAAACGCCACGAGUUCUUAAUAUUUGAAGACCGGAAAUUUGCAGAUAUAGGAAACACAGUAAAAAAACAGUAUGAAGGUGGUGUCUUUAAAAUAGCUUCUUGGGCAGAUCUGGUCAAUGCUCACGUGGUGCCGGGCUCGGGGGUAGUGCGGGGCCUGAGCGAAGUCGGCCUGCCUUUGCAGCGUGGGUGCCUGCUCGUCGCGGAGAUGAGUUCUGCCGGCUCCUUGGCUACAGGCAGCUACACUGACGCGGCGGUUAGAAUGGCGGAGGAGCAUCCUGAAUUUGUGCUUGGUUUUAUUUCUGGCUCCCGAGUAAGCAUGAAUCCAGAAUUUCUUCACUUGACUCCAGGAGUUCAGUUAGAAGCAGGAGGGGAUAAUCUUGGCCAACAGUACAAUAGCCCACGAGAAGUUAUUGGCAAACGAGGGUCUGAUAUCAUCAUUGUAGGCCGGGGCAUAACAUCAUCAUCUAAUCAUCUGGAAGCAGCGGAGUUGUACCGAAAAGCUGCUUGGGAAGCUUAUUUGAGUAGACUUGGUAUCUGAGUAGACUUGGUAUUUGAGUGUCUCGAUACAUUUUUGUGAAGACCUUGAAAAUACAUGGUCUCCUGAGAUGCAGUGGCUUGAAAUAACAAGCAACACUUAAUGGGUUGGAUUCUUUCAUGGGUUCUGUGUUGGAAUGACUUCUGGGUUUCUCACCGUCUUCAGGAAAUACUGAAUAAUGAAUAAUCACUGCAUUGUUACUAUAAUAAAUUCAUGUUCA